AUGUGGAGCCGACUCGCUGCUGCGCACACGAGCGGGUCCCUCUACCUCGGCCUCAGCGCUGCCAGCGCUGCGAGCGCCGGCGCCUUGUACCUCAUUCAAAGUCAGGAGGCUGAGGAUCGGCGGCGUGUGGAUCACGAGCUGGUGCGGAUGCGGGUCGAGGCCAAACGCAAAGCUACGGCUGAGACGGAGGAGACGCUCGCCCGCCUGCGCGCGGCACCCGUGCUGUGGGACGGCAUUGUCACCCGAUGCGAUCCGAGCCUCGUCGGCCACGCGAUGCUGACAGGCUCGAAACCAGGGUCCGCGGUCGAGGUGCUCGAGGAGCGCACGGUGGGCGAGGGCUCAUACUACACGGUGCGAGAUGUGGAGACGGGCAAGGUCGGGCUGCACCCCGCCUCCUGGGUCGAGCGGGCCGAGGGCUGA